AUGUCCGAUCCAUUGGUCACUUCAACUGAGACCAAAUCUUUAAAGGAUAGAUUGACCUUUAAUUGGCCGACUCGGGGUUCGUCAUCGUCUUCGGUUUUUGGUAAACCCACUCAGGUAAUUGCUCCGUUUUCUGAGACAAAAUUACCUGUUAAACAACGAGUUGUGUUUCCUAGUGAUCGAUUACCGGCUAAUUGUAGUAAUAAUAAUAAUAGUAAUGGUCAAUUGGUACAAGGAAAUAAUAAUCAACGAUAUGAUUCCGAUGAUUGCUGGGAAUCAAUGGCUAAUGUUUUUCGUAAUCCAAGUCCAUCGCCUCCUCCAUCCGGUUCGUGGGCUUAUGGGUCAGAUAAAAGUAACGAUAAUAAUAAUAAGAGACGUCGAAAUGAUCAGAAUUCAAAGUCAAAGAAUAACUAUAACUCGAGGCGUAAUGGUGAUGGUGAAUUCAGUGGUUAUAAUGAGACUAAUUCAAAUCGAUAUUCUAAUUGUAGUGAUGAUCGAAAUAAAUUUCAAAAGAAAAGACGAAAUGAUGAUUGGGAUUGGGAUUCUAAUCGUAAUAACGGUCCAGAUUCUAGUUCUGAUCGCAGAAAUGUCGAUUGGACAAUGGGGUUUAAUGAGAAUGAUUAUUCUAAUUGUUAUUCUAAUUCUAAUUCUAGAAAAGAUAAUUACCCGAAAAAGUCAAUUGCUACUCAAACUGAUUCUUCAACAUUUCGAUCAGUUGGAGUUCAAACAGAUCCUUGUGAUGAUUUAAUUCCCGUUGAGAGACAACAACAGCAACAAUUAGAAUUUUAUUCUAACCAAUCAACUGGGAUAGUUGCGAAAUUUAAUUGGCCUAAUCAAAAUGGUCAAUCGGCCAUUACAAAUGACCAACAAUCUCGACCAUUGAUAAUCCCCAGUGAUCUUAUUAACGUAGCCAAUAGAGAUCCAAGAGUCGCUCGAAGAGCUGCCAAUAUGAAACAAUGA